AUGCUGCCCACUGUAAGAUGCAGUAAUGCGCGCCUCUGUUCUGCACGCUUAUUCCACAGCUCCCCGAUAAUCGGCAAGGAUGUCUUCGCCAACAGCCUCCGAAAGACCCUGGACGCCCAUCGAUCCACAAAUCGCGCGCGAUUGAUUCGCAAAUUGUACCCCAAGGAAGAUCCUCCAGGACUCUGGCGCCCGGAGAUUCCCCCACAAAGUCGUGCGGGCUACGAACCCCCUGUUGAUCCAACACCAAUACCAGAAAGUCAGGACACCCCCAGGCCGGAACUGGGGGUCAAGAAACGCCGAAAACAGGACAGCAAACAGAAGCCUCUCGGGCGAGAAUUGCUCCGGCAUGAAGAUGCCAUCCAACCGGCUGGAAAAGCCCCGGCGCAGACUCCCUGGCUGAAGAACCACGCGCUCCCGCGUGCCAGCGCAGAGAUCGCACUGGACACGGAAAUCCGCGCGUUGACACAAUACCUCACACCAAGCGUUGAGGAACUGUCUCGAUUAGAGAAGUUGAGGACAGAGGUAGCCUCUCUUCUGGAAGGCGUAGUACCUUACACACCCAAAGUCAUUGGGUCCCGUCGGACAGGACUGGUGCUGGCACACUCAGAUCUGGACUUCAUCCUCCCAUUCGAGGACCUCCCACGAUCACCAGAACGCGAUCGACGACCCAGCCCAACGCGACCUGAGAUCCAAGAUGGCCACAUCCGACUCCUCCGACAGGUCGAGAGAACGUUACAGCACACUGCGGCGUUCAAAGACCAGGUCUCUUUAUCAGAUAAGCGAAACCCAUCGCUCUCCGCUCGACACCGACCAACGGGCAUUUCGCUGCAGUUUUACUGCGGCGAGGGGGUCCCCGCCAUUACAGAGUACCUGCAGGAUUACCAAGCCGAGUACCCCUCCUUGAAACCUUUGUAUGCAGCAACGCGGACCCUGCUCGAGGCCCGUGGGCUUUUUGGUGCGCCACAAGCAAGCAUUGGACCCGAUGCCCUGGCUAUGCUCAUCGUGGCGUUCUUGAAAAUGAACCAUGGACGCUUCCCUGCAGCUGAUAGUCUAGGGGAUCAACUUCUUGCCCUCUUACAGCUUUAUGGUGACGGCAUUGACCUCCAGACCGUGGGAGUAGCCGUUGACCCCCCUGGUCUCUUUAGUGUUGACACACUAGUCCCCAUGCGCAACCAAGAAGCCGCCUACCAACGUGGCCAGCGGUCCCUAGUCAAUGCUAAGCGCACUGCUGCCGCAAAAGGAAAUACCCUUGUUGCGAACCGGCUAUGCAUCCAAGAUCCCACACAUUAUAUGAAUGAUCUUGGUCGUUCCUGUACUCGUACGUCUGAAUUACAGGGUGCAUUUGCGGCUGCACAUGAGCAACUGCGCCGUGCGUGCGGUGACUGGGCAGUCAACCCGAAGAAGAGUUCGAGUAUUCUCACGUCUGUUCUGCAGGCCAGAUUUGACGCGUUGGAGCAUCUGCGACAUCAGAUCGUGUCUCUCUAA